AUGGACCCUUCCUUCCUGAAGAGACUCAAAUUAGCUCUGGGCAGCGCAGCCCCACCUUUGCUCCACAUGCUCUCCCUCCCUGCCCUGUGGAGCUCAGCCCCUUCUUCUAAGAUCUCAUGGGUGCCUGUGCCCAAAGUGGCUGAGUCCCUGGAUGGAGCAGGCCCAGUGGACUCUGAAGUCACGCAGAACCCCAAGUAUCUGGUCACAGUGAGCGGACAGAACGCGAACCUCACAUGUUCCUAUGAGAAAGAACACCAGUAUGUGUACUGGUACAAGCAGGCCCGGCCAGGGUCCAGCGUUCCUGGCUCCAGGAUCCUCUGCUGUGUGGCCCUUUGUCUCCUGGCAGCAGGCCCAGUGGACUCUGAAGUCACGCAGAACCCCAAGUAUCUGGUCACAGCGAGCGGACAGAACGUGACAUUGAAAUGUUCCUAUGAGAAUGGACACCUGUCUAUGUACUGGUACCGGGAGGCCCAGGGCCAUGGUCCCAAGUUCUUGGUUCAGUAUUACAAUGGGAACGAGCGAGACAAAGGAAGUCUCCCUGACCGAUUCAAAGUUGUGCAGUCGAAAAACGAUCAUCGCUCUCAGCUGAACAUGAGCCUCUUGGAGCCGGGGGACACGGCCCUGUAUCUCUGCGCCAGCAGCUUGCCACAGCCCUGCAGGAGCAGCAGCCCAGAGCACAAAAACCCUCAGGCCCAGCUCAGGAAGUGA